GCCAGCGCGGUCCUUCUUGAGGCAACAUUGUCUCCGGUAAAGAAGCACUUAUCCAGCGUGGCACUAUUUUUCCCAGAAGAAGUUAAGUUUUUUUGUUUUGGAGCGUUUGAUCUCACAUUUGGGACAGCAGUCAAACAGCACUAGCUCUUAUGUAAACCACUUGUGGAUCUACGGAUUAACAUCUUUUAAUAAUCGCGGGAUUGUGUUUCAUUUCUCGACGCGCCCGGAUACGGCUUGACACAGAUAGAGGCUCAACCCGAGUCCAAUCGUCCAUGGACACAGGAAUUGUACCCGAAAAGAAAAGGGUGAGCUCGGAGCGCAGGAAGGAGAAAUCAAGGGAUGCAGCAAGAUGCCGCCGUGGGAAGGAGUCGGAGGUGUUCUAUGAGCUGGCCAAGCAGCUGCCUCUCCCCCACAGCACCAGCUCAAGCCUGGACAAGGCCUCCAUCAUGAGGCUGACCAUCAGCUACCUGCGCAUGAGGAACCUUCUCUGCAGUGAUAAGCCAAUGGAAGAGGGGGAAACUGAGCUUGAUGUUCAGCUGAACGGGUCCUACCUGAAGGCGUUGGAGGGCUUCCUCAUGGUGCUGUCUGAAGACGGCGAUAUGAUUUAUCUCUCGGAGAAUGUCAGCAAGUGUCUUGGGCUGGCGCAGUUUGACCUGACUGGCCACAGUGUGUUUGACUUCACACAUCCCUGCGACCAGGAGGAGCUGAGAGAGAUGCUCCUCUGCAGAACAGGCUCCAAAAAAAGCAAGGAACCAAAUAAUGAACGGAAUUUCUUUCUGAGGAUGAAAUGCACCCUCACAAGCAGAGGUCGCACGGUUAAUGUCAAGUCGGCUACAUGGAAGGUCCUUCACUGCUCGGGUCACAUGUGUGUUCAUGACCAUCGAGCAGAGCAGAUGGAGCCGCUGCUCCCCUACCUGGUUCUGAUCUGUGACCCCAUCCCCCACCCUUCCAACAUCGAGGUCCCUCUGGACACCAAGACGUUCCUCAGCCGCCACACCAUGGACAUGAAGUUCACAUAUUGUGAUGAGAGGAUCACUGAGCUGAUGGGAUACGAUCCAGAAGACCUGCUGAAUCGUUCUGUGUACGAGUACUAUCACGCUCUGGACUCUGACCACCUCACAAAGACUCACCACCACUUGUUUGCGAAGGGCCAGGUCACCACAGGUCAGUACCGGAUGUUGGCCAAAAGAGGAGGCUUUGUCUGGGUGGAAACGCAGGCCACCGUUAUCUACAACAACAAGAACUCGCAGCCACAGUGUGUCGUCUGUGUCAACUUUGUCCUCAGUGGGAUCCAAGAGGACAAACUAAUCCUGUCUUUGGGGCAGACUGAGGACAUGAAGCCAGUGAAGGAGGAAGAGCAGGAGGAAGAGGAGCUCGUAGUUGAGACCACGCAGCUUAUCCCGGUGAAGGCAGAGAAGACUCCAGAGCUCGAUGUGAUCAAGCUGUUCACAGAGAUUGUAGAGCCCAGGUCGGUGGGCAGCCUGUAUGAAAAGCUAAAGGAUAACUCUGAGGCCCUCACCCUGCUGGCUCCAGCAGCUGGAGACACCUUCAUCUCCCUGGACUUUAGCAGUCCUGGUAAAGAAUCCGAUACCGACCUGUUGGAGGUUCCUCUGUACAACGACGUGAUGCUGCCCUCCACGAGCGACAAGCUGACUCUGCCUCUGUCGCCCAGCGAGUCUUUUGCUGUCCCCAACACGUCCUCUGAGGAGACAAAGUCCAAAGACUUUGCUCCGACCCCGUCCACAACACCCCCCCUCGGGCCUUCAGAGGCAGGCGGGUCUUUUGGCCUUCCUUUCUCCGUGGGUUCAGACUUGAACUCAGAUUUCAAACUGGACCUGGUGGAGAAGCUUUUAGACCCAGAGUCUAAAACCCUGUUUAACACACAGCCAAUGGAGGACUUUGAUCUGGAGAUGUUGGCGCCCUACAUUCCCAUGGACGACGACUUCCAGUUGAACUGCCUCAUCCCAGAGGAGCCUCUAACCUGUAGACCAGUCAAACCAGUUGAGAACCCCCCAGUUCCCGUGACAAAGGAAAACCACAGCUACUCCAGCUCCAUGUUCAGCUGCAACACAGCACCCCCAACACCACCUGUCAGCACAUCCCCUCUAGCCACCAUCAUUGUGAAUAGCGCUCCAAAGUCGGAGAAGGCUGUGUCCGUCAGGAAUUUGGAAGCUCAGAACACUCAGCGUAAAAGAAAACUGAGCGAGCUCAAAGAGCUUAUUGAACUGGGAACUUUGCCUUCAGAACAACUGGAAAAGUUCAAAAAACAGAAGGCAACGGAUCUGGGAGGGGCUCAGGCCGUGCUGAAGGUGACGGAUCAGGGAGGGGCUCAGGCCGUACUUCUGCUGCCUUCAGAUUUGGCGUGCCGGCUGCUUGGCACCACAUCAGAGGGCACCGGUUCUCUCUUCACCUUGCCACAGCUCACGAGGGACGACUGCGAGGUGAACGCACCCCUACAGGGUCGUCAGUACCUGCUACAGGGGGAGGAGCUGCUGCGUGCUCUGGACCAUGUCAUCUGAGCCACAGCUGGUCUAGACUGGACACUACAGCUAGUCUCUCCCUCUCCCAGAACCCCUGCUCCGCCUACCUAACCCCACUGCCACUUAUUUAUGUAUCUAUUUGAGUUUGGCUGCCGUUUGUGCACAUUUUGUGAUAUUUGCAGCAUUCCACAGUGACAAACAUAGCAGCAUCUUCAUUUGGUGGAAGGGAUUCAGCCAUCCUAAGUUUGAGUUCUUCUAUUUUUACUUUUCCCUCCCUCUCCUCUGGGGAGUCUCAGCACAUGGCACCUUGACAGGUGACGUCUCUCCAGCAGGUCACCAGACGCCGGCGCUGCUGCCAGCGGUGUAUUGUAAGCUUCAGUCGCACAACUUCUAUUUUCUUAAAAAGAAAAAAAUAUUACCAGCAAUAUAUAAAAAUAUAUAUGAAGCCUUUUAAAAAGUAGAUUUGAUGGAAAAUGAACAAUUUUUUUAUUUUUUCCCCCCUCCCAUACUUGUAUGUUGUAGUACUCGUACCUAACAAGAUGUCUUUAGUCCAGACGUGUUUAAACCAUAAGUGGUUUGAAUGUUCUCCAUUUGAUUGGUCUGAGAUAAAUACGUUUAAUUGUGUAGCAGUCCAGUACAUGUCUUUAUUCUUUUACUGUAAGUGUGUGUUACUGUACUUAAACCAGGGACAUUGAACUCUUUAAUGCAGGAUGUGGAGAUUUCUCUUUGCUUUCAGCUUCUACGCUGUGUGACAUCCUCAAAGCAGUUUUUAAAACAUCAGAUCUUAUUUCAUGGCUGCAUUUUGGGACAUUUACUCAAUGGUAGUCUGUUUAGUACCAUCUCUCCUUGCCAUAGUGUUGAGUCUCUCUUUGUGCUGUUUAACAAUAAAUAGCUUUAAUAAAGUGCA